UUAAAAUUCCUUCCUGUAAUAUUCCUAGAAUUCUAGCAUAAUUUUUAUUUUAUUAUAUGACAUUUUCUCUGAAAUAUUUCUUUUAGUCUUAUUAUAAAUAAUGAUAUUACAGUUAUAACAAAAAAUUGAUUUUUUUUAAUUAUUUUAUUAAAAAAUAAAUAAAAAGAAAAAAAAACUAUUCUAUAUUAAAAAUCCAAUUUAAUUUAAAAAUUGAAUUUCUGAAAAUUAACCUCAAUUAAACUUUUUGAUUAGUCUGGGAAAUUUAACCUCGGUUUUUAUAUACUUAAAACUAUUUUUUUCAAUAAUACAGAAGACGUCCACAUUGGUAUGUAAUGGGUCAAAAUAAAAUUAAAAGUCCACAAAAAAUUUUGGAUGAAACAUCAAACUUCACUAAAUCUCAAAAUAUUUCUAAGAAUGAACAAAGUGAUAGAAAAUAUGUGUGUAAAUAUACUGGAUGUAAUGCAAGAUAUUUUAAGCUGUCUCGAUUGGACAGACAUAUAAGAUUACAUACUGGAGAAAAGCCUUAUAAAUGUGAUUAUCCUGACUGUAUCAAAGCUUAUACUAACUCUAGUCAUUUGAAAAGACAUAUGGAAAUACAUAAUCCUACAAAGAAAAGAUUACAAUGUAGCAAAUGUUCUCUAACGAUCAGUAAUUAUCAUAAUCUAAAACGUCAUUAUGCACGUGUACAUAACAAUGAUAAUAUUUUAACGUGUAAUGAAUGUAAUGCAGUGUUUAGUAAAAAGCAUCAAUUAAUUCAGCAUAUUGCUAUACAUUUUGGUGUGACUUCAUACAAUUGCAGUAAAUGUAAUAAAAAAUAUGUAAAUAUAAAACGAUUAAAACGUCAUGAAACAAUACACGAAAAAGGACAGAAAAGUUAUUCUUGUCAAGUUGAACAAUGUUCUGAAGUUUUUGAUAAAUGGGCUUUACUUUGUAAACAUAAAAAAACACAUCAUAUUAAUGAUUAUAAAUGCGAUCAAUGUGAAAAAGUAUUUUCAAAUGAAACUCGCUUAAAAAAUCAUUCCAAAAUUCAUGAAAAAUCUAGACUUCUAAUAUCUUGUCCAUAUAAAGAUUGUCAAAGAUCAUAUUUGUUUGAAUCUAAUUUGAAUAAUCAUAUAAAAAUUUAUCAUCUAGGUCAGAGAUUUAUUUGUGAUGUAUGUAAAGCAGGGUUAUCAUCAAAACAAAAAUUAAUAGAACAUAUGCGAAUACACGAAAAUAAAAUAAAGAAAAGAAUACCUAAACAAUCUAAACGUAAAAAAAGAAAAGAUGCUGGCAUACCCAAGAAGAGUAUGGUAUCAACUCUAACUGGAUUAGUAUUUACUCAUCAAAUAGAAAAGGAACUCUUGAAAAGAGAAACUUCUGCAUGAUUCUUGCAAAAAUGCAAGUUGAGACAUAUAAUAGAGACAUGAAUCAGCAUCUUGCUACAUCUCCAUAAUGAAAAUUGUUUUUGUGAUCAUCACAUUAAAAAAUGCUAUUAACAUCAUCAUUUAUUGUACUCAUUAAUUUUUUAAUAAAGAAUAUCAUUUAAUAUAAUAUA